UCAUGAUUGAAAUUCACUGGGUGGAAGGUCACAACAAAGACCUGAUGAACCAACUGUGUACCUUCCUGAAAAACACACUCCUGAAAUCUGUUGCUAGGCCAUGAAAAAAAUAAUCCCAAAGAAAGCUGUACAUUCAGAACAGAGAUGAACAUCGAGACGCUCCUGGAAGCUAUCAAGUUUUUGGAACGACAAGCUCUGCAACAGAAAUCACUGGAGGAUGAUCUGAAAGAAAAGCUUCAGCUGCGCCAGACUCCUGUGCAGAGGCUGGUGGAUGUGAGCUUAAACCCAACCACCCACGUCAACGAUGGUUCUAAAAUGGAGGAGUGGGGCCCAGAGAGCCACCCACCUCCUGUACCACCCUCAUUACCUUCCCCACCCGUCACUGUCACCCCCAACCCUGUGGUGACCCCCAAACCUACAGGCUGCCCUCCACCAUCCAUGGCAUCACUUUGUCCUGUAGUGGCUGCACUGACCCCCCAGAGGUCGGACCCUCACUUCAGCCAGGACGAGGUUCUCCCAGCUCUGCAGAGCUCUUUGCAGCCCGAACAGGACCCCCCAACAUCUGUGCUGACCACCAGCAACAAGCCACUGAUACAGAACAACAGUCCCCACCACAGCAACCAUCAAACACUAGACAACAAUAAUAACCCUCGGCCGCAGACCUCGCAGCAGCUGCCUCAAUGCCACGCCGGCUCCAUCGUCUCACCUGCACAGCAGUCCACCAUACAGCCGCAGUUAGGCCCAGUUGUCCAACAGCCUCCUGUACAGAGCGCCCCCACCUGCUGGGGAAGCCCCACUGAAGAAGGUGCCCAGCUGGAAUACAAGAAGAGGCCACGGGGGGCAGGGACCAGAGAGAUUCACAGCAAGCUCGAGAAGCAUAGACGAGCUCAUCUGAAGGAGUGUUUUGAGACGUUGAAAAAAAUCAUUCCCAACUUAGAUGAGAAGAAGACCUCCAAUCUGUGUGUGCUCAGAAGUGCACUCAAAUAUAUCCAGACAUUAAAGCGUAAAGAGAAGGACUAUGAACAUGACAUGGAGCGACUGGCCAGAGAGAAGAUAGCCAUGCAGCAGCGGCUAGCAGACCUGAAACAUGAUCUCAACCAGUGGAUGGAUGUGGUGGAGAUCGAACGCAUACUUCGACAGACGGUGCAGCCUGAAGACGACCAGGCCUCCACCUCUACUGCCUCAGAAGGUGAAGACAUGUCGGACGAUGAAGAGACUCCACCCGGAGCACAGGCGGCUGCACCUGUCGUGCCUCGAACCAUGACACCUGAGCUGCACAAGAGUGUGGCACACACACACAGACCCUCCACCUCCUUUAUUACUCAACACAUUUCCAUGCAGCAAAACCCCCACCUGCUCCAGCCUCAGCCAACCACCCCUCCACAGUCAGUGUCCAAACCUGCACCUCCUCUUACCUCUGCAGCCAUUGCCUGUAGUGCUCCCGUUACUCCCACACCCACCCUGCAUCCCACAGUAAUAGCCCACGCCUCCAUAACCCAUCCCUCGGUCAUCCAAACAGUCAGCCACGUCAUUCAGGGUGGAGCAGCAAAGCACGUUACACAUCUGUGUCCCCCCUCCACCAGUUCUGUUCAGUUGGCCCCGCCCAUCGGCCACAUUACUGUGCACCCAGUGACCCACUUGAGCCAGCACCUACCUGCCCUUUAUUCCCAACCUUUGGCCAUCACACAGCCCACUGUGAUGGGUCACAUCACACACACAUUGAACCACGCUCACCCACAGGUGAACGGCACUGUUCCGAGUCAGCCCACAGCCACCAUCAUCAGCAAGCCGACGUCGGUGGGCACCCAGAUGCUGACCCACCAUCCUCAGCUGGUGGGUCAGACUGUGCUCAACCCUGUCACCAUGGUGACAAUGCCCCCAUUUCCCAUCAGCACUCUGAAGCUGGCCUGAAAACUGUUCUUGGUGCCACUAGGCUUCAGAGUCCUCCCUUGACAGGAGAGGGAAAGGAGGGGUGGGGGGUUUGGGGCCACAGGCCUCCGAUCAGGUUACUGUGAGGAGAGAAGGACAGACCGUCACCCCCUGACCCACAGUUAUGGCACAACUGUUUUGAGAAACAGGACCGUCCCCAAAACAGGCAGGUAAAGUAGCAGCUCCAGACAUUGACCUACUGACGGUGACCUUUUUACUCAGUUUGCAAACCCUACCACCUCCACAUCCGCCCCCCCCCACCCUCCACCUUCCCCGGACCAGAACAGUUAAUCCAUCCUAAUACAUCAUUAUGACUUGACCCUUGACCCUCUCCCCGUUUGCUUAACAAUGAUCAUUUAAACUGUAGAGUCACAUUUUCUUGGCCAGCGGAUUUGAAGGCUCAGUUGAAAAUAUAUAUAAAGUGAAUGCACAGCAGUGGCUUGGUCAGUGGGGGACGUAGUGAAGGGCUGCGUUACUCUAGAGACGGGAACAACAUUAUCCACUACAUUGGGAUUGGAUACAGACAGGGCCGCAGUGGGCCACUUUUUUAGCCCGGGAGUUUAAUGCCCUAACCCAGCCCACUUUGCUAUGUUAGUAGAGUAUAUAUAUUGGAUGUAUAAUAUGUCGAUAGUGAAAUACAAUAAAAUCUGGUUUAAAACUGAA